AUGGCAUCAGCGUUCCAUAACAUGUUUGAUGACUCGGCCACUCGAUCCGUUACUCUUGUAAAGCAGAUCAGAGAUGAUGGGUUUUUACUAUCAAGUAAUGUACGAUUGUUUGGCCCAGUGAUUUUGUUAAAUGGGGAUGUAUUCCUAUGGGACGUUCCACAAAAUAGCAAAUUGUCUGAUGAAUGGAACGUCGAUUUUAUGAAAAUAUUCGAAGUGAUUGUGCCCAAACCUGAGCUAUUAAUCGUUGGAACGGGCAAGUCAAUCGUUCCAAUUGCUCCAAAGAUCAGACAAUAUAUCCAUAAAUUGGGCAUGCAGAUUGAAAUACUGGAUACUAAAAACGCGUCGUCAACCUUCAACGUUCUUACUGAGGAAGGACGCAGAGUAGCAGCAGCAUUAUUACCAUUAAAGCCAACAAGCGCCAGAACUGGUAAGGCGCUUUGA